GUCCAACCAUCCCCCUCUUUAUUUCCCUGUUAUUAAUAGAUACCAAACUAGCUACCCCCUUUAUCUGUUGUUAUUUUUUAUUUGUAUUUUAACGUUAAACGGUUAGUCAACUAGCUCAAUCAUGUACCGGUACUUCGGGGAGUUGUUAUCCCGCGGGGCGGGCAGUGCGCUGGCCUCGGGGUGCGUGGACUCUGCUCUCCCAGCAUCGGCCUCUCUAAUGCGGGUCCGACAGUAUAGCGAGCAGCCCGACGACCCCAACUUCUUUCGCAUGGUGGAGGGUUUCUUCGACCGCGGAGCCGCCAUCGUUGAGGACAAGCUUGUGGAGGACCUAAAGAGCAGAGAGACCCCCGAACAGAAGACGAAACGAGUGAAGGGGAUUCUCCGCAUCAUCAAGCCCUGCAACCACGUCCUCAGCGUCUCUUUCCCCAUCAAGAGGGACAACGGAGAGUGGGAGGUAGUGGAGGGCUACCGCGCACAGCACAGCCAGCAUAGGACGCCCUGCAAGGGGGGUAUCCGCUACAGUGAAGAGGUGUCUGUUGAUGAGGUGAAGGCUCUGGCCUCUCUGAUGACAUACAAGUGUGCCGUGGUCGAUGUACCCUUCGGAGGGGCUAAAGCUGGUGUCAAGAUCAACGUCAAAAAUUACUCUGACAAUGAGCUGGAGAAGAUCACUAGGAGGUUUACCAUUGAGCUGGCCAAGAAAGGCUUCAUCGGGCCAGGUAUUGAUGUGCCUGCUCCUGACAUGAGCACCGGAGAGAGAGAGAUGUCCUGGAUCGCUGACACAUACGCCAACACCAUUGCACACACUGACAUCAACGCCCACGCAUGUGUGACAGGGAAACCCAUCAGCCAGGGCGGUAUCCACGGUCGUAUCUCAGCCACCGGUCGCGGAGUGUUCCAUGGCAUUGAGAACUUCAUCAACGAGGCUUCCUACAUGAGCAUGCUGGGCCUGAACCCCGGCUUCCAGGACAAGACAUUCAUAAUCCAGGGCUUUGGUAAUGUGGGUCUCCACUCCAUGCGGUACCUCCACAGGUAUGGUGCUAAGUGUGUGGGCAUCGCUGAGUAUGACGGCAGCAUCUACAACCCAGAGGGCAUUGACCCCAAGCAGCUGGAGGACUACAAACUGCAACAUGGUACGAUCGUAGGUUUCCCCGGGGCUCAGCCAUACGAGGGCAGCCUCCUGGAAGCGCAGUGUCACAUCCUGAUCCCUGCCGCCAGCGAAAAGCAGCUCACACGCAACAACGCCCACAGAAUCAAGGCCAAGAUCAUUGCUGAGGGAGCCAACGGCCCAACCACACCCGACGCUGACAAGAUCUUCCUAGAGAACAAAGUCAUGGUCAUCCCUGACAUGUACCUGAACGCCGGUGGUGUGACAGUGUCCUACUUUGAGUGGCUCAAGAACCUGAACCAUGUCAGCUAUGGACGUCUCACCUUCAAAUACGAGAGAGACUCCAACUACCAUCUCCUCAUGUCCGUUCAGGAGAGUUUGGAGAGGAAGUUUGGAAAACAGGGAGGACCAAUCCCCAUUGUCCCCACCGCUGACUUCCAGGCCAGAGUCGCUGGUGCUUCUGAGAAGGACAUUGUUCACUCUGGCCUGGCCUACACCAUGGAGAGAUCUGCCAGGCAAAUCAUGCGUACGGCCAGUAAGUACAACCUGGGUCUGGACCUGCGGACGGCUGCGUACGUCAACGCCAUCGAGAAGGUGUUCAAGGUCUACAACGAGGCCGGCAU